AUGCCUUCCCAUGACCAUCAUCAGCAUCAUCGGCCAGACACCGAGGAUCCUGCUAAGCAAGUGAAGAACACUUUAGAGGAGUUGAGUGCAUCGCUAGAUGUUGAUAAUGCAGUACAGGAGAUGGCUGAUAUUACACCUACUCCUGAGCAACAGAUUAAGAUCCUUAUUGAUCGUAUAGGGGCUAGCUGUGAUAUUAAGAAAGAACAGAGGCAGGCACAUUAUGAGGCAUUUGGGAAGCUCUUUAGUGGCGACAGGAGAGGUAUUAGUUGGGAGGUUACAGCCCUAGAGAAGGCCUUAGAUGACUUUGCUGACCCUGAGAUCAUCGAAGACAUGAAAUUGGACAUACCAAAUAUCGUUGACAUCUUCGUGAUGGAAUUGGUCAAGACCUUACAUU